GCUUCACACUGUAUAUUCAGAGCUCUGCUGUGUGACACCAUUAGUGGCAGCAGACCCCUUUCCAUUCUUAUUUACACAGGCAAGACAAGCUGCUUACGACCCAUAUCUUAGACCAGAGGCUUCAGAUAGGCUGUCAGGUGGUUAACUGGACUCGGGGUGCUGGAGGGAUAGGGAUUCAUCGUAACUCGAGGAUGGACAACAGGAGUUUGGCACUUGUGGCACUUUAUGUCGGACUUCAUAUUUGCACUGCUACAGAGUUCUCCCUCAGCCCUAGCCAGCCUCAGUGUGUCUUUAUGGCCUACGCCAAUGUGACCUGCUACUGGACACCUGGACAAGGCUCUCCCUCAGACACACGCUUCACACUGCAGGUCAACAUAACCGGGUGCGAUGACCCUGUGAUCCAUCAGUCCCAACUGUGUCAGACUGUUACCCAGACCCACUGCUCUGUUAACGUGACCUAUCUGAGCCGCUGCUACUGCAUCAGGGUCCUGGCCGACAGCUCUCACACAACAGCCAGCUCACCCAGCCUCUGCCUCAAUGCCAUAGACGCAGUGAAGCUGCCCACCCCAGUCCUCUCCAAUGUGUCGGCAGUGAGAGGCAAACCUAGAUGCCUGAAGCUGCAGUGGACUACCAAUACCAGCUUCCCGGUGACCAGGAAACAUAUCUCCUCUGGUGCUCUGGUCUACCAGCUGCAGUACAGCACAGAGGAGCAGCCUGAGCCCAAGACAGUGAAGGUGGACCUGAGACCUGAGAGAGAGCAGGGUCUCUUCUUCGCCUCCACGUGUCUCUUCUCCGCCUCCACUCUAUAUACAGUGAUGAUGCGUUACCGAUACAAUAGUACCCUCAGCCACUGGAGCGACUGGAGCCCAACACAACAGCAGUGUACAGAGGUGGCAGCACCCUCUACUGUCCCUCAGCUAUGGAGGACUGUUCAGCCUGUAGGUUGGGCAAACAUGAGACGAGUGACUCUGCUGUGGAAGUCCCCACCCAGGAGUCAGGUGAAAUGCUCAGUCCCGUGGUUUAACGUGUCCUGCUGUACUGAGGGUUCCCAGAAUGCACUGCAUACAUGGGACUGCAAUGCCCUGAGUGUGUCCGACACUUCCUGUCAUCUGACCCUUCCCCCUGAGCGCUGCUCCUGCACACUGAGCAUGUCCAACCCUGCCGGCACCUCUCCUCCAGCUACCAUCACAAUCCCCAGCACCACAGACACAGCACCCAAGGCCCUGGUGGAUGUCAGUGUCACAGCAUUGGAUGAUUCCAGACUGGAGGUGCGAUGGACAGCUCUAGAGUCCCCAUCACUAAGCAGCUUCCUGGUGGAGUGGUGGGCUUUAUCUGAGAGAGCUAACUAUACUCCAUACUGGCAAAGACUGAGCCACAAUGCAAGCAAAAUUAUCAUCACAGAGGGCGUCUGGCCAAAACUGUGCUACAGGGUGACUGUCAGGCCUGAGUAUGAUGCAGAGACUGGGGAGGAGCUGUCAGUACAAGCCUACACCAGGCAAGAAGCCCCCUCUGCUGGCCCCAAGCCAGUGGUGCAGGAGCUGAGCAGCAGUGCUGUUGUCCUGCAGUGGGAGCCUGUUCCUCUGGAGCAGAGGCAUGGCUUCAUCCGCUACUACACCCUCUACAUCCAGAGUGAAGAGGAAACUCCAGAGGUUGUAGUGGUGCCAGGAGACAGGCUGAGGUACCAGUUGAGUGGUUUGUCUGGACUGUACAGGAUCCACAUGGUGGCUCACACUGAUGCAGGAGGGAGUCCUCCUGGUCCAAUGCUCGAUGUGGCUGUAGGGGGCAUUGGUUUGGCGGACACCAUCCUGUGGUGUUCCAUUCCUACUGUGCUCACCAUCCUGAUACUGCUGAACUGCCUACAGUGGAGACAGAGGAUAAAGCAGAAUCUCUGGCCUAAAGUCCCUGACCCUGCACAUAGUAGCCUGUCCGCUUGGAACACCGAGACUAAAUACACCACAGUCUUUUUCACUGAGGGGAAUCUCAGAGGCGAGAACACCAUUUCAAAUACAGCCACAGUGUCCCCACUCCCCCAGUAGGGGGCAGAAAUCUAUUGAUGUUGAUUGUAAGUGGUAAUAUCAUUUCUUAGGACGUCUGAACCCUGUUCUUUGUUUUUCUAUUAUAUGUCCUGAAUUUGUUUGUUAUAGCACACUGUGAGGUUUUAAUUGGCAGCUGUACAGUACUUUGAAUAUUGUUUUAUCCAAUCAAGUUUCAUUGUGACCUGGCAUGUUAAA